UUUUGCAUAAAUUUGUGGUUGAACUGCCUGGAAAGAUUUUCGAGAAAAUCUGUGAAGAGGACGAAAAAUUGACCCUCUCCAAGGCUUUACAAAAGGCAUUAAUACGUGAAACGAAGCUGGCUCAAUCAAGCAAUGAUAUUGAAGUUAAUUACAUCAAACAACGUGGCAAAUUUAACAACAAAAACUACAAGAGCAACGCAGUAAGGUCGAACAACAACAACAGCAAAGCGAGCAAAGUAUCGAAAUGUACACACUGUGGAUGGAAAAACCACCAAUCCAACACCUGCAAAUUCAAGAACAGCACUUGCCAUUUUUGCGGCUCAGUUGGGCAUUUGGCAAACAUUUGCAACCGUAAACUUAAGAGUGAUAAAAAUCAUUGGUAUGAAUGAAACUAGCGAUUUUAAUUUUUCCGUAUAUGCCAUCCAUGGAAACGCUGCACUGAAUCAUUAUACCCUGAAGGUUGAGGUUAACGGAGUACAAAUAACAACGCUGUGCGACACCGGCGCUCCUUGUUCUCUAAUGUCAGCUAAUACAUUCGAUGCGUAUUUCGAUCGAAAGGUGCUACAGCAAUGUUCAGUACCAUACACCGGAUACACAGGUAACCUGAUUAAUAUUAUUGGUGAGUUUAAAGCUUGUGUUAAUUUCAAUGGACAAAAAAUUUAUGGUAAAUUUGUAGUUACAAAUACAGACAGGCCAACCUUAUUAGGGCGAGACUUUCUUCGUUCCCUAGGUUUUGAGUUAACUCAAUCUAAUUUGAGUUCAAAAAAGGAAUCGUUUUCUUCCGGUGAGCUAGGUCUGAAUUCUAAUACUAGUAAUGUUACUUCCAAAUCAAAUUCAGUGAAUUAUUUAAACACGUAUAAUGAAAUAAUUGAACAAAUUAAAGCAGAAUUUGCUGAAGUAUUUCAAAGUGGUUUGGGUAAAUACAAUAUAUCAACAAUUUCUUUACCAAUUUCGAAAGAUGCAGUUCCUGUAUUUUUCAAACCAAGACCUAUACCCAUAGCAUGGCGAGAAACAGUUGAGAAAAAACUAGACGAGUUAGUUGACAAAGGAAUGCUGGUUUCCGUCGACAAUUCAGAUUGGGGAACACCACUUGUUCCUUUGCUUAAACCAUCUGGAGAAAUCCGGAUUUGUGGUGAUUAUAAGGUCACAAUAAAUAAAUAUUUGAGUGACUUUAGAUACCCCUUACCUCGAAUUGAUCAAAUUUUCGCAUCAAUGGAAGGAGGUUCUUUAAACAGCGCGGAUAGUUUAUCACGCAUAGGUCAAAUUGAGAAUCCGGACACUAAGCCUGAGAGCACAUACAUCAACUAUGUGAAUUUCGUUAAUCCGCUUCAGCUAGAUUUUCUAGCAAUAGCUAAAUAUACACGUCGCGAUGCUAUUCUUUCUAAGGUCGCAAACUCCAUUUUAAAUGGUACACUUUUGAACUUGGGUGGUAAUGAAUUUAAUGCAUUCAAAACCAAAGCAUCUGAGCUGACUGUUGAAUCAGGAUGCAUUUUAUGGGGUUAUCGUACGGUUAUUCCGAGUAAAUUACAAGGAAACGUGCUACAAGAAUUACACAAAUCGCACUUAG